CAGAAACAUCCAUUUUAAGAAAUGUGCUGCAAUGCCUCACUUGUCUUUGUCUGUCUUUAAAACUGGAAAAGAAAUGCAUUAUGGAAAAUGACCAAGCAUUUUGCAACAACAAAGGAGAAGCCACAAUGAUGGAAAAGGCCUCCUUCCAUGAACAGAUGAAGCGAUUCUCUAUUCAUCCUGUUGCGUCACCAGUGGUGGCUGAGCUGAAUUUUCCUGCAUCCUAAAGAGAGUAUGUAUAAAAGGAAUGGCCUCAUGGCCAACGUGACAGUGACCUCCGCCACUCCAGAGGGCAGUAGCAGUUCUGACUCUCUGGAAGGACGGAGUUCAGAUUAUGCCCAUAAAAGCUAUGAUGCAGUUGUCUUUGAUGUGUUGAAAGUGACACCAGAGGAAUUUGCAAGUCAGAUUACAUUGAUGGACGUGCCAGUAUUUAAAGCUAUACAGCCAGAGGAAUUAGCAAGCUGUGGAUGGAAUAAGAAAGAAAAACACAUCCUUGCCCCUAAUAUUGUUGCCUUUACGAGAAGGUUUAAUCAGGUCAGUUUCUGGGUUGUAAGAGAAAUUUUAACAGCUCAGACCCUAAAAAUAAGAGCAGAAAUAUUGAGCCAUUUUGUGAAAAUAGCAAAGAAACUUCUAGAACUGAACAACCUUCAUUCCCUCAUGUCUGUGGUAUCAGCUCUGCAAAGCGCACCAAUUUUCAGGCUGACGAAAACCUGGGCUUUGUUGAAUCGCAAAGACAAGACUAACUUUGAGAAGCUAGACUACUUAAUGUCUAAGGAAGAUAACUAUAAGAGGAUGCGAGACUACAUCCGAUGCUUAAAGAUGGUCCCCUGUAUCCCUUAUUUAGGGAUUUACCUGCUGGAUCUAAUCUACAUUGAUUCAGCAUAUCCUGCUUCAGGCAGCAUUAUGGAGAACGAACAAAGAUCCAAUCAGAUGAACAAUAUCCUCCGAAUCAUUGCUGAUUUGCAAGUCUCCUGUAGCUACGAUCACCUUAUAACGUUACCCCAUGUGCAAAAAUACUUAAAGUCUGUCCGAUACAUUGAAGAGCUCCAGAAGUUUGUGGAAGAUGACAACUACAAAUUAUCCUUAAGAAUCGAACCAGGAAACAGUUCUCCGCGACUGGUAUCUUCAAAGGAAGAUCUUGCAGGUCCAUCAGAAGUGUCAGCCGCUGUGAGGUUCAACAGGAGACCCACCUGUCCUGAUGCCUCCGUGGCAGCCAGCCUGCCAACUCCUCCUGUACCCCGACACAGGAAGAGUCACAGCCUGGGAAACAAUAUGAUGUGUCAGUUCAGUGUAGUUGAAAGUAAAAGCGCAACGUUCCCAACAGAGAAACCGCGCCACCUGCUGGAUGACAGUGUGCUAGAAUCCCACAGUCCUGUCAGAAACCACACAUUAAAUUCUGUUUUCACCAAUGGUAUUUCCAUAGGAAGCAGUGAAAGCUCAGAAUUUAGUGAGGAGCCUUCUUCAGGACUUGAAAGGGGUCGGUUAUACGCCACACUGGGGCCCAACUGGCGGGUACCAAUUCGGAAUUCUCCCAGAAGUCGGAGCUGUGUCUACAGCCCAACAGGCGCCUGCAGCUGCACUUCAGGGAGUUCCACUGGAGUUGUUACCAUGGAAGGGCCUUUGAAAAGGAAGACAUUACUGAAGGAAGGCAGGAAGCCUACCCUUUCCUCAUGGACUAGAUACUGGGUCACCCUUUCAGGAUCUACUCUGAUUUAUUUUGGAGCAAAGUCAUUAAGAGGCACUGAAAGAAAGCAUUAUAAAUCUACUCCAGGGAAAAAAGUUUCCAUUGUAGGCUGGAUGGUAGCAUUACCGGAUGAUCCUGAACACCCAGAUAUUUUUCAGCUAAAUAACCCAGAUAAAGGCAAUGUUUACAAGUUUCAGACUGGUUCAAGAUUUCAUGCAAUACUGUGGCACAAACAUUUGGAUGACGCCUGCAGAAGCAACCGGCCUCAGGUACCUGCAAACCUUAUGUCAUUCGAGUAACAUGCUCCAGUAUGUGGUGUAACUUCCAAGUGCCAAACUGCAGAUGGGAAACGGAUCCCACAGGAGAGCGGAGGAAGGAGACUCCAGAGUGAGCCAGCUGUCCAUAACAGCAACUUCAGCACUUUUCUACAUAACUUGAAAGUAAUUAUGACACAGCUUCUAAAAGCAGAACGUGAAUGUUGUCCUUAGGACAGGAUCUAACCCAGUGCACUGAUGAGAAAGAUGAUUUAGACUGGUUGAAGAAACAACCUGCUCGCCGCAGGAUCCUUGAGACCUUGACUUUAGCUUUGUGGUCACAGACGGCUGUGGAUUUCUGUUCUGCCACAAACUGUGCAUCACAUCUUCUGCAGAUUUUUUUUCUUUCCCCCGUUUUUUUUUUAAACUGCUCUUUUUAUUGUUGAGCUGCUGUAUGUGACUGAAGAACAUUUGGCCCAUGUUGGGUUUUCAAUUAUUUCUAAUGCACAAAACGAUUGACAGUGUUAACUUGCUGCAAAAGGUGUCAAUUAGAAUAGGACAUUGUGGAACAACAUUUUUAUAACCUGAAGUGCACUGAGUUGCUUGGCAAUGUGGCUGCCUCAGAUUUUAUAUCAAACCUAGGGACAAAACUGAUGUUCAUACUUGAUCUAUUUAGGAAAUGUGUAUUUUGGCACAAGAUAAACCACUUGUUAAUUUA